AUGCCGGAAGACGCCUCCAAGGUGCCUGCAGCCUCAAGCACUGCAUCGCCGACAGUCGCAGAGGACCAUUGCCGCCUCAAAGACCUACCCCCCGAGAUCCGCAACUACAUAUUCCCACUGGCCAUGGCAGAGCCAAAUCCUAUCCGACUCGCCACCCUCGACAUGGCCGACCGAAUGACAAUCCUCAAAGUCGCUCAAAAGCCCGCCUUCACCAAACUCACCGGCCUCUCCCUCGCCCACACCUGUCGCCAGUUCCACAAAGAAGUCAUGCCCGUCUUCUUCGCCGGGAACACCUUCAGCCUGCACUCCGUGUCCUGGGCCCGUCCCGCAGGCCCGGACGCCGUGGACAUCCCCCUCGCGAGAAUGACAAAACUCAUGUUCGCGUGCCCAGGGUUUCCGGACCAUCGCACCGACACUGAACCGGCGCUUUACGUCGACAAACGCAAGGACAAGACGCUCCACAUCAGGUUCCGCGGCACUACACACGACUUCUGCACGUGCAGGUUCGAAUACUACGCGGAAGAGGAGUGCGGUGGAGGCGAGAUCGUCGCGGAGUUCGUCGAGGUGUUUUGCCGGUAUAGGCAGUGGGAGCCCCUGUGUCAGAAAAUCUUCCAUCGUCGACGGAUGGGUGCCUCAAGCUAUUUGCAAAAUCUGUGA